ACAACAAUGGAUAUGUAUCUUUGGAAGAGAAAUGGCAUCUGUGAUACCUUGGUCAUCUUCUUCCUCUGUUCCGUUUGGCUUACCCCAAACUUGCUCAAAUACUUCAGAUAAACUUAAGCUUACUUCUCUUUCAUGCCUCUCUUCAUUUCCCACUCUCAAUAUCUCUAUCAAAUGUCCAUCUCCCACUCUCUCCAACAACGACAAGGGUUCUUUUAUUCAGGCUGCCUGGACCAGAAGAUCUCGGGGUGAACUUGCAAAGAGACCCAACAAGAAAUCAUGGAAGCAAAGGACAGAUAUGUAUAUGAGGCCAUUUUUACUUAAUGUUUUCUUUUCCAAGAGAUUUAUUCAUGCAAAAGUGAUGCACCGAGCAACAAGCAAAGUGAUAUCAGUUGCUACAACAAACUCCAAAGAACUCAGGAACACUUUGCCAUCUCUAACCGAUCAUAAUGCUUGUAGAAUCAUAGGGAAGCUAAUUGCUGAGAGAUCAAAGGAUGCUGAUGUAUAUGCAAUGUCAUACGAGCCUAGAAAAGAUGAGCGGAUUGAAGGUAAGCUUGGGAUUGUUCUUGAUACCAUUAAGGAGAAUGGUAUCAUUAUCAUAUUUGUUUAAGCAAAUUCUCGGUUCUCAAAAUGAUGUGGAGCUGUACAAUGACCACUUGAGAAAUUCUAUAACAGGAUUUAUGUGUAACCAUAUGAUUUUCAAUAUUCCAAUCCCUGUUGUGAUGUUUGUCAAAAAAGUUUCUAAAUGCCUUCUUCAGACUGCAAGGAUGCCUAAUAGUAGUCUCUAUAGAAUCUGUUAAUUUCUGAUAAAUUGCAAUACUUUGAUUUUUGUCAA